AUGCGUGUCUCUACCUCCCUCUGCUCCCUCCUCGCCCUCGCCGCCCUCUCGGACGCAAAGCUCUUCGCAAAGGAGAAGCCCGUCUAUGAGGACUGGACCCUCGACCAGUCCCUCGCCUUCCUGAAGGAACAGGGAAUCGCCGUCAAGGACGCGGCCACCCUCCCGGAAAUCCAGAAGCAAGUGGCUGCAAACGCUGAUGCCGCCGCCAAGUGGGGUGCUGCAUCCGCGGGCUCUGCCCAAGCUCAUUUCGAGGUCAUCAGUGAUAAACUUUUGGAGACCUGGACAGAAAGCCAGCUGAGACAAUACUUGUUGGAGGCCGGCGUGGUCGCUCCUGGGACCACCAAGGAACAAUUGCUUGUCAAGGCCAAGCAACAAGCAUCCGCUGUUUCCACUGCUGCGUACGGCCACCCCACCGACCAAGCCGCCUCUUCCAUUUCAUCCGCCGCCAACGGCGCCUAUGCCACAGCGUCCGGUCAAGCCGUCACAGCUUCCGCCACCGCCCAAAAGGUCUUUGACGAUGCCAAAGACUACGUCUUCUCUACCUGGGACGACAACCAGCUCAGAACAUGGCUGGAAAAGAAUAACGUCAUUUCCACCCCUGCCCCUACUGGUCGCGCCGCUCUUCUCAACAAUGUCCGGGUCGCAUACCUCAAGCUCACCGACCCCGUCUAUGAAGCUUGGUCUACCUCUGCCAUUCACGAAUGGCUCGUUGAGCACAACAUUGUCCACCCCGAGCCUACCGCUAGGGAAAAGCUCCUCGGUCUUAUGAGGGACAACUACUAUGACAACAAGGACAAGGUUUACAGCAAGUGGUCUGAAAGUGAGGCUCGUGACUGGCUCAUCUCUGAGGGUGUUCUUACCAGCGAAGCCGCCCAGCUCAAGAAAGAAAAGUACGAUAAACUUUUGGACGAACACUACACCCGCGCCAAGUCUACCAUAUUCAGCAGCUGGCACGACUCUGACAUUCGUGAUUGGCUGGUGCAGCACGAUUACAUCAAGUCUGACUAUGAGGCCAAGCGUGAUGAACUCGUUACUCUCAUCUCUGACAAGUACACCGGUGCCACCUCUGCCCCUUACCUUGCCUGGCCCGACGCGCGACUUCGUGCCCAGCUGAGGAGCUACGGUAUCGACGACACCAAGUUCUCUGGUCGACAGUCUCUUUUGCACGAAGUUCGAAUCCACUACGUGCAAUCCCAGAACAAGGUCGAGCAAAUCCUUGCUGCUAUCCGAGAUGCCGUUAGCAACAGCGUCGAGUUUGCCGAGGAGAAGCUUUCCAGCGUUCUUGACCUGCUUACUGCCUCCAAGUUGACGGCAGAAGAGAAGCUCGACCGCGCUUACGCCUCUGUUGCCUCUGUCUACGACGCCGGGCUCGCCUCUGCUACUUCUGCGGCCGAUGCCUAUGCCACCAGCGCUUCGUCGUCAGCUUCUGUGGCGUCCGCUGGCGCUCUGGCUUCAGCUUCUAGCGUCUCGCUCGCCGCGUCCAGCGCUGCCUCUUCUCUCUCUGCGCACGCUGUUUCUCAAGCAGCCCUCGCUUCCAAGUUUGCCUCCAAAUCCGCCAACAACCCUGCGUUGACCAGCUCUGCGUCUUCCCUGAGCAAGUCUGCCUCCUCCUACGCCAGCUAUCUCUCUUCGUCGGCAUCGUCCGUCGGUUCCGCCGCUUCCCACUCUGCGUCCGUGGCCAUCCACUCUGGAUCGCUCGCUGCAGUCUCGGCGAGUAAGGCUGGCCAUUUGUCUGCUGUGUCUGCUACCAACGCCGCCAGCUCCAAGUCUGCUUCUAUCUCUAGUUCUCUGAGUAGCUCUUAUGCCCAGGCUUCCAAGAGCGCUUUCAGUGCUUCCAAGGCGGCUGCUUCGAGUGCCAGUGCGGCCUCCAAGAGCGCCGACUCUUACUCGUCUUCUUUGAGUAGCGUUAGUGCGGCGGCCAGUAACAGUGCCAAGAGGGAUCUCUAA